GGCAGAGAUUGCGGCUACACGCGGACGCUGUUUCGAAGCUGCAGUUAACGGCGACUGCAAAUGCGGCACCGGAGGAUUCGAGCCUAACAGCAUUGGCUCCAGGAUAAAUUGACUUAUUCUAUGAUUUUUUAUUUGAUCCUUUGUGUGAUAAUCCUUGGUCGCGAUCCUUGGUAACGAACGAUCCGUUGUAUAGCCGCGCGAUGUAACCGGGAAUGUGAGAAACCCCAUCAGCGCACGUUUAUCGAAUAAUUGUCGUAAUGUUUAUCGAAAGUUUGUUUUACAACGUAACGUAAAAUAUUAAUAUUACAACGUGGAGUCGAUAACUGAAACAUUGUUUCUUAUUUUUUCGUUUCGAUCAAUAUGAUCAAAACAACAUGAUCAAAACAACAUACUCUGAUGUACGGUUCGGCGCGCCGAUCGAGAUCACGUGACGUAAACGCGCGUAAUAUUUACCACGAGCGGAUAGCCAUUAGAGCAUUUGAAGCGGGGACGAACGCGUCGGAACAUGUAGCGUGCUAUUCCCAAUUUUCGUAAAUCGACCAUGAGACCAAAUGUGACACUUGGCGCGUGCGAUCAUCGUAACGAUAACGUCACGAGUAGUGGAAGCAUGCUGAAAUUCGAAAGCUACAUCGCGAAGGUAGUCGCAGUUUCAGCGAGUUCGGAAGCAACGCCGGGGGAUAUGAUACGAGUCAAGCUGUUUCGAGAAUUUUUCGGUUCGCGGCGAAAUUUACAGCUACAUCGUGAGGUUAGGUCGCAGUUUCGAAUAUUUUACUCACGUAAAUAUGCGUUAGUAGAUUUCGCUAUUUUACAAUAUUUACGGUAUUUAAUUUUACAUACAUACAGAAUGUUGCGUAGCGUUUAUACGUUAUUUGUUGAAAUACCUAGUUUCAUAAUCGUGAUCAUGAAUGACUUGUGUUCAUAUUGAUAAAUUUUAAAAUUA